AUGCAGCGGACUCAGGGGACCGAGCUUUCACCAUCUCUGCUCCCACUCUCUGGAACUCUCUCCCCCCUCACCUCUGGAACUCUCUCCCCCCUCACCUCUGGAACUCUCUCCUCCCUCACCUCUGGAACUCUCUCCUCCCUCACCUCUGGAACUCUCUCCUCCCUCACCUCUGGAACUCUCUCUCCCCUCACCUCUGGAACUCUCUCCUCCCUCACCUCUGGAACUCUCUCCUCCCUCACCUCUGGAACUCUCUCCACCCUCACCUCUGGAACUCUCUCCUCCCUCACCUCUGGAACUCUCUCCUCCCUCACCUCUGGAACUCUCUCCACUCUGGAACUCUCUCUCCCCUCACCUCUGGAACUCUCUCCACCCUCACCUCUGGAACUCUCUCUCCCCUCAUCUCUGGAACUCUCUCCACCCCCACCUCUGGAACUCUCUCCCCCCUCACCUCUGGAACUCUCUUUCCCCUCAUCUCUGGAACUCUCUCUCCCCUCAUCUCUGGAACUCUCUCCACCCUCACCUCUGGAACUCUCUCCCCCUCACCUCUGGAACUCUCUCCACCCUCACCUCUGGAACUCUCUCCCCCCUCACCUCUGGAACUCUCUCCUCCCUCACCUCUGGAACUCUCUCCUCCCUCACCUCUGGAACUCUCUCUCCCCUCACCUCUGGAACUCUCUCCUCCCUCACCUCUGGAACUCUCUCCACCCUCACCUCUGGAACUCUCUCCUCCCUCAACUCUGGAACUCUCUCCUCCCUCACCUCUGGAACUCUCUCCACUCUGGAACUCUCUCUCCCCUCACCUCUGGAACUCUCUCCACCCUCACCUCUGGAACUCUCUCUCCCCUCAUCUCUGGAACUCUCUCCACCCCCACCUCUGGAACUCUCUCCCCCCUCACCUCUGGAACUCUCUUUCCCCUCAUCUCUGGGACUCUCUCUCCCCUCAUCUCUGGAACUCUCUCCACCCUCACCUCUGGAACUCUCUCCACCCUCACCUCUGGAACUCUCUCUCCCCUCAUCUCUGGAACUCUCUCCACCCCCACCUCUGGAACUCUCUCCCCCCUCACCUCUGGAACUCUCUCUCCCCUCAUCUCUGGAAGUCUCUCCACUCUGGAACUCUCUCCACCCUCACCUCUGGAACUCUCUCCACCCUCACCUCUGGAACUCUCUCUCCCCUCAUCUCUGGAACUCUCUCCACCCCCACCUCUGGAACUCUCUCCACCCCCACCUCUGGAACUCUCUCCCCCCUCACCUCUGGAACUCUCUCCUCCCUCAUCUCUGGAACUCUUUCUCCACUCAUCUCUGGAACUCUCUCUCCCCUCAUCUCUGGAACUCUCUCUCCCCUCAUCUCUGGAACUCUCUCCUCCCUCAUCUCUGGAACUCUCUCCCACCUCAUCUCUGGAACUCUCUCUCCCCUCAUCUCUGGAACUCUCUCUCCCCUCAUCUCUGGAACUCUCUCUCCCCUCAUCUCUGGAACUCUCUCCUCCCUCACCUCUGGAACUCUCUCCUCCCUCAUCUCUGGAACUCUCUCUCCCCUCAUCUCUGGAACUCUCUCUCCCCUCAUCUCUGGAACUCUCUCUCCCCUCAUCUCUGGAACUCUCUCUCCCCUCAUCUCUGGAACUCUCUCCACCCUCACCUCUGGAACUCUCUCUCCCCUCAUCUCUGGAACUCUCUCCACCCUCACCUCUGGAACUCUCUCCCCCCUCACUUCUGGAACUCUCUCCCCCCUCACUUCUGGAACUCUCUCCUCCCUCACUUCUGGAACUCUCUCCACCCUCACCUCUGGAACUCUCUCUCCCCUCACCUCUGGAACUCUCUCCCCCCUCACCUUUGGAAAUCUCUCCACCCUCAUCUCUGGAACUCUCUCCACCCUCACCUCUGGAACUCUCUCCCCCCUCACCUCUGGAACUCUCUCCACCCUCACCUCUGGAACUCUCUCCCCCCUCACCCCUGGAACUCUCUCUCCCCUCACCUCUGGAACUCUCUCCACCCUCACCUCUGGAACUCUCUCCCCCCUCACCUCUGGAACUCUCUCCCCCCUCACCUCUGGAACUCUCUCCCCCCACCUUUGGAACUCUCUCCACCCUCACCUCUGGAACUCUCUCUCCCCUCACCUCUGGAACUCUCUCCCCCCUCACCUCUGGAACUCUCUUCUCCCUCAUCUCUGGAACUCUCUCUCCCCUCAUCUCUGGAACUCUCUCUCCCCUCACCUCUGGAACUCUCUCCUCCCUCAUCCCUGGAACUCUCUCCUCCCUCACCUCUGGAACUCUCUCCUCCCUCACCUCUGGAACUCUCUCCACCCUCACUUCUGGAACUCUCUCCUCCCUCACUUCUGGAACUCUCUCCCCCCUCACUUCUGGAACUCUCUCCUCCCUCAUCUCUGGAACUCUCUCCACCCUCAUCUCUGGAACUCUCUCCUCCCUCAUCUCUGGAACUCUCUCCUCCCUCAUCUCUGGAACUCUCUCUCCCCUCACCUUUGGAACUCUCUCCACCCUCAUCUCUGGAACUCUCUCCACCCUCACCUCUGGAACUCUCUCCCCCCUCAUCUCUGGAACUCUCUCCACCCUCACCUCUGGAACUCUCUCCCCCCUCACCCCUGGAACUCUCUCUCUCCCUCACCUCUGGAACUCUCUCCACCCUCACCUCUGGAACUCUCUCCCCCCUCACCUCUGGAACUCUCUCCCCCCUCAUCUCUGGAACUCUCUCUCCCCUCAUCUCUGGAACUCUCUCUCCCCACAUCUCUGGAACUCUCUCUCCUCCCUCACCUCUGGAACUCUCUCCUCCCUCAUCCCUGGAACUCUCUCCUCCCUCACCUCUGGAACUCUCUCCUCCCUCACCUCUGGAACUCUCUCCACCCUCACCUCUGGAACUCUCUCCCCCCUCACUUCUGGAACUCUCUUCUCCCUCACUUCUGGAACUCUCUCCCCCCUCACUUCUGGAACUCUCUCCUCCCUCAUCUCUGGAACUCUCUCCUCCCUCAUCUCUGGAACUCUCUCCUCCCUCAUCUCUGGAACUCUCUCCUCCCUCAUCUCUGGAACUCUCUCUCCCCUCAUAUCUGGAACUCUCUCCACCCUCAUCUCUGGAACUCUCUCCCCCCUCACCUCUGGAACUCUCUCCCCCCUCACCUCUGGAACUCUUCCCCCCUCACUUCUGGAACUCUCUCCCCCCUCACCUCUGGAACUCUCUCCCCCCUCACUUCUGGAACUCUCUCUCCCCUCACCUCUGGAACUCUCUCCACCCUCACCUCUGGAACUCUCUCCACCCUCACCUCUGGAACUCUCUCCCCCCUCACUUCUGGAACUCUCUCCUCCCUCACUUCUGGAACUCUCUCCUCCCUCACUUCUGGAACUCUCUCCCCCCUCACUUCUGGAACUCUCUCCUCCCUCAUCUCUGGAACUCUCUCUCCCCUCAUCUCUGGAACUCUCUCCUCCCUCAUCUCUGGAACUCUCUCUCCCCUCAUCUCUGGAACUCUCUCCUCCCUCACUUCUGGAACUCUCUCCUCCCUCACUUCUGGAACUCUCUCCCCCCUCACUUCUGGAACUCUCUCCUCCCUCAUCUCUGGAACUCUCUCUCCCCUCACCUCUGGAACUCUCUCCCCCCUCACUUCUGGAACUCUCUCCUCCCUCACUUCUGGAACUCUCUCCCCCCUCACUUCUGGAACUCUCUCCUCCCUCAUCUCUGGAACUCUCUCCUCCCUCAUCUCUGGAACUCUCUCCUCCCUCAUCUCUGGAACUCUCUCUCCCCUCAUAUCUGGAACUCUCUCCACCCUCAUCUCUGGAACUCUCUCCCCCCUCACCUCUGGAACUCUCUCCCCCCUCACUUCUGGAACUCUCUCCUCCCUCACUUCUGGAACUCUCUCCCCCCUCACUUCUGGAACUCUCUCCUCCCUCAUCUCUGGAACUCUCUCUCCCCUCAUCUCUGGAACUCUCUCCUCCCUCACCUCUGGAACUCUCUCCCCCCUCACUUCUGGAACUCUCUCUCCCCUCACCUCUGGAACUCUCUCCACCCUCAUUUCUGGAACUCUCUCCCCCCUCACUUCUGGAACUCUCUCCUCCCUCAUCUCUGGAACUCUCUCUCCCCUCAUAUCUGGAACUCUCUCCACCCUCAUAUCUGGAACUCUCUCCACCCUCAUCUCUGGAACUCUCUCCCCCCUCACCUCUGGAACUCUCUCCCCCCUCACUUCUGGAACUCAGACUCACUAAACUCCUUUGA